UUGUUUGGUUUGCAGACUCGGAGCGAGUGAGCUAGAAAACGAGGAUCGUUGAAUUUUACAGCCUCUUCAAGUUCUUUUGGGUUUCUGUAUUUUUCUACUCUCCAGAUUUCAGGAUAUGGAUUCGUCAGAGCAAGAAGGAAAUGGUGCGGCUCCAGAAUCUCUUCCCCCUCCACCACCUGUGCCUCCUGAUGUGGUUCCUAUCAAAGCAGAACCUGAUGCUGCGAAGAAGAAGACAGUAUUACAACCCAUGGCCAGGCGUGGUACUGGAUCGAAGGGGCAAAAGAUAACUAUUAUAACUAAUCAUUUUAAAGUGAAUGUGGGCAGUACUGAUGGUUACUUCUUCCAUUACAGUGUCUCUCUUUACUAUGAAGAUGGUCGCCCAGUGGAAGCUAAGGGUGUUGGAAGGAAAGUAAUUGACAAAGUGCAGGAGACCUACAGCAGUGAGUUGGCUGGGAAGAAUUUUGCCUAUGAUGGUGAGAAAAGCUUAUUCACUAUAGGAUCCCUUCCGAAUAACAAGCAUGAGUUCACCGUCGUACUUGAGGAUGCUAUAUCAAAGAGAAACAAUGGGAAUGCAAGCCCGGGAGGUAAUGACAGCCCAAAUGAGCGUGAAAGGAAGAGAGCAAGACGCACUUAUAAUUCGAAGACGUUUAAAGUGGAGAUAAGCUUUGCUGCCAAGAUUCCCAUGCAUGCAAUUCAAAGUGCACUGCGAGGACAGGAGUCUGAAAACUCACAAGAAGCACUAAGGGUGUUUGAUAUAAUUCUAAGGCAGCAUGCUUCUAAACAGGGUUGCCUUCUUGUUCGCCAGUCUUUCUUCCAUGACAAUCAGAAUAAUUUCACAGACAUUGGAGGUGGUGUCCUUGGCUGUAGGGGUUUUCAUUCGAGCUUCCGAGCCACACAAGGCGGCCUAUCACUUAAUAUUGAUGUGUCAACUACUAUGAUAAUUCAACCAGGUCCAGUAGUUGAUUUUUUAAUUGCCAAUCAGAAUGUCAGAGAUCCCUACUCCCUCGACUGGACCAAGGCCAAAAGAGUGCUUAAGAAUCUCAGGAUUAUAGUUAGUCCAUCCAACCAGGAGUACAAGAUCACUGGAUUGAGCGAGCAAUUAUGCAAAGAUCAGAUGUUUUCAAUGAAGCCCAAAGGUGUGAAGAAUGAAAAUGGUGAAGCAGAGACAGUGGAGCUUACAAUAUAUGAUUACUUUGUCAACCAUCGUAACAUACAAUUGCGUUAUUCUGCUGAUUUGCCGUGCAUUAAUGUUGGCAAGCCAAAGCGUCCCACAUAUAUUCCCAUUGAGCUUUGCUCUUUGGUGUCCUUGCAACGCUAUACGAAAGCUUUGAACACCUUGCAAAGAGCUUCCCUAGUUGAAAAAUCUAGGCAGAAGCCACAGGAAAGGAUGAAUGUGUUGUCAAAUGUUUUACGAACAAGUAAUUAUGGUGCUGAACCAAUGUUGCGAUCAUGUGGGGUUUCUAUAAAUUCUAAUUUCACUCAAGUUGAAGGUCGUCUUCUGCAGCCCCCAAAGUUAAGAGUGGGCAAUGGUGAAGAUUUCAUUCCGAGGAAUGGCCGUUGGAAUUUUAACAAUAAGAAAUUGGUGGAGCCAACUAGGAUUGAAAGAUGGGUUGUUGCUAACUUUUCAGCUCGUUGUGAUCCACAUAACAUUGUGCAAAGCCUGAUCCGGUGUGGAGAAAUGAAAGGAAUUAAAAUAGAUAAUCCAUUUGAUGUAUUUAAUGAGAUGAACCAAAAUAGACGCCUCCCUCCGGUUGCUAGAGUUGAGAAAAUGUUUGACCUUAUACAAUCUAAACUGCCUGGCGCUCCACAGUUCCUUCUGUGUCUGCUUCCUGAUCGGAAGAACUCUGAUCUCUAUGGUCCAUGGAAGCGGAAAAAUCUUUCUGAGUUUGGUAUAGUGACUCAGUGUAUGGCACCCACUAAAGUGAACGAUCAAUACCUUACAAAUUUGCUUCUGAAGAUAAAUGCCAAGCUUGGUGGAUUAAAUUCAAUGUUGACCAUUGAGAGAUCAAUACCUAUGGUUUCGAAGGUUCCAACUAUCAUCCUUGGCAUGGAUGUGUCACAUGGCUCUCCUGGGCAGUCGGAUGUCCCGUCGAUUGCUGCGGUGGUUAGCUCCAGACAGUGGCCACUGAUUUCCCGCUAUAGGGCAGCUGUGCGUACACAGUCUCCAAAACUUGAAAUGAUAGAUUCUCUCUUCAAACCUUCUGGCAAGGAUGAUGACGGUAUUAUGAGGGAAGCUCUUUUGGAUUUCUACUCAAGUUCAGGGAAGAGGAAGCCUGAUCAGAUAAUCAUAUUCAGGGAUGGGGUUAGCGAGUCUCAGUUCAAUCAGGUUUUGAACAAAGAACUGGAUCAAGUUAUAGAGGCUUGCAAGUUCCUCGAUGAGAGUUGGGACCCAAAGUUUGUGGUGAUUGUUGCACAGAAAAAUCAUCAUACUAAGUUUUUCCAGCAGGGAUCUCCGGACAAUGUGCAACCUGGAACUGUGAUCGACAGAAGUGUCUGCCACCCGAAGAACAAUGAUUUUUAUCUCUGUGCUCAUGCUGGGAUGAUAGGAACCACAAGGCCAACCCAUUAUCAUAUUCUCCUGGAUCAGGUUGGCUUUUCAGCUGAUGAUCUGCAGGAACUUGUCCAUUCUCUAUCCUAUGUGUAUCAAAGGAGCACCACUGCCAUCUCUGUCGUUGCUCCUAUUUGCUAUGCCCACUUGGCUGCUUCACAGUUGGGACAAUUCAUGAAGUUUGAGGAUGCUUCCGAGACAUCUUCCAGUCAUGGCGGUGUUACUGCUCCCGGAGCCAUUGCUGUCCCUCAGCUUCCCAGAUUGAAAGAAAACGUCAGCAGCUCAAUGUUCUUCUGUUGAGAAAGAACCACCACGUUUGAACCAGUCAUUUUGCAUAGGCUUUUGGAUUUAGCCUACAUAAGACUAUCUUAGUUAUAUUUUCGAAGUAAACCUGUUUUCGAGUUUUGCAAUGUUAUCUAUAAACAUGAACGGUUGUUGACUAGCCAAAGCCCUCUUCUCUAGUGGGCAUGUUUUUGGCUUGUUCAAGGUUUCAUCAGCUGGAAC